AUGGGGAAUGGACUGUCCACCCCAGGCAGCACCGCCUCAACUCCCAGGCCGGGGAUUCACAGGCCGUGCCCACCCCUUCACCUCCCCCGCCGGCCCGAGGCCUCCGUGCUCCCCCGGGUCGGGCUGGGCCGAUCCCCCCCCGCCCCAUUCUUACCCCCCGCCCGCCGGGCCGGGCCUCGCUACGAGCCCGCGGGGCCUGCGCUGCGCCGUGCCCCGGCGAGGCGGGCACCUACGGCCCAGGCCUCGCUCCUGCCGCCUCGGGGCACAGGCCUCGGGCCCUUCCGUCGUGACCCCGGCCCGGCCCCGCCGCAGCCAGCGGCGGGGAGCGUUCGACAGCCUCCGCCCCCCGCCUCCACCGCGGCCCGGGGUCGCUGCCCGCCUUCCCCCUGCCACCACCUCCUGCCCCGCCGCCCCCAGGGCGGCCUCGGGCCCAGCACCGGGGAGGGAAACGAUGGGGGUCUUCUCGAGCUUCCCCUACCGCCCCCGGGCUCUCUCACCUGGCGCUACCGCCGCUGCUGCUCCUGCCGCCGCCCCGCCGCUCCUCUCCCCUCCUGCCCGGGCCGAGCGCUCCCCGGGCACCGCUCGGAUCCCGCCGCCGCCGGGGGCUGGCGGCAGCUGAAAGGCCUCGCGGCAGGACAAAGGCCCGAGGGAGGGCUCGGCAGGGCGGCGGCAGAGCCCGGGCAGGUGGGGAGGGAGGGCGAGUAG